GGCCUUGUUUGCACCAAGACUUGUUACUUGUAAAAGAAAUGGAUGAAGUGGAUAUAACAGAUCAUUUGCCUCCUGGCUUCUUCGGAACUAUUCGAUCAGCGAAUUGGACCGAAAGACGAGAUGUGCUGUUAGCAUUGAUUGAUAAUUUAUCGCAGUAUCCACGCAUUGAUCCCAAAAUAAAAUACAAUGAAAUUCUUAUCGAAUUAAAAUUGAUCAUAUCAAAGGAUUCAAAUAUUGCCGUUGUAACAUUGGCACUGCGAACACUAACAGAAUUCGUCAAGAGGUUACGCAAAAAUUUCGUGAAAUACAUUCCUAUGGUUCUCUUGAAUAUAUUAGAGAAAUUUAAAGAAAAGAAGGCUGCAGUUAAAGAAGCUAUUGUGGACUGCUUAUCACUUGUCGCUGAACAUUGUGAUGCCGCGUCUCUUACUGGUCCCAUAUGUGAAGCUUUAGAAAAAGCCACAAAUCCCAAUGUAAAAGCAAGUAUAGACCAGUGGAUUUAUUGCAUCUUAUGCCAAUAUUCACGAACUGCUGUCCCUAUAGCGUUUAUCAGAAGUGUUACACCAUAUCUUGUUAAACACAGCAAAGAUAGUGAUCCGAACGUCCGUGAGCGAAGCUGCAUGGUUUUUGGUGCUAUUUUACGAUUAGUUGAAGAAAAAGUAACGGCUUCUAUCGCUAAUGAAGUAUUCUGUGACAAAACUAAAUCAAGGAAGAUUAUUGAAUACUCUGGAAAAGCUCAGAAAGAUUUUGAAGCGUAUGAGCAAGCACGAAUCGGAAGAGAUAUCGCUUUGGAAUCUUGUACGCAAAGCGGAAAUAUGGAAUAUUAUGGAGAAUCAGUUGAUGGUUUAAUCCAGUCCGACGCAACAAUUAGCUCUUGGGAAUUACUGACUGAAACGAAAAUCAGUGAUAAAAUUCCACGCGAUAUACAGACAAAGUUGGCCUCAAAGCACUGGAACGAUAGAAAAGAAACAUUGGCGAUAUUGUGCGGUAUUUUGGAGAGCAAUCCGCGACUUUCUCCUGAUGAAGAUCAUUCGGAAUUGAUUGAAAUCCUGCAUAAAAUACUCGAGAAAGAUGUGAAUAUUAAUGUAGCUGCAAUUGCAGUAAAGUGUAUAGCAGGUUUUGCGAAUGGUUUGCGUUAUAGAUUUGCCACAUUCAUACCAAAAAUUUAUAUUUCUGUUUUCGAAAAAUUCAAGGAAAAGAAAUUAAUUCUUCGUGAGCCGUUAAUUGAACUUUGUGAUAUUCUUGCUUUACUUACUCCUCUUUCUGCAUACAUCGAGGCUGUGGAGGUUGCACUGCAAAAACCAAAUCCGCAAGUAAAGACACAAACUGCUCUCUUCCUCUCAAGAUUACUGUGUCAGCACAAUGUGCAUACUUUACCAUUGGACUGUGUAAGGCAGAGGCUUGGACCAGCACUUACUAAGCUGUCCUUUGAUGCCGAUCCAGAAAGUCGUGAAGCGUCGCUUUUAGCAGUUGGAGCUAUCAUGAGGAUUGCUGGCGAAAAUGUUGUGAAUAACUGCUGUAGUGAAAUUAUGCAAGAUGAUAAUAAAUCGGCAAAGGUUCGCGAGAACUCUGAAAAUCUAAUACGAAAAUUUGGACUUAAUGCUUCUGCUCCAAUUUUGAAAUUACAUCAGAAAACGAAAUCAAUAAUAGCUGCUGGAAAAGUCGGAAGCUACAAAGCACCUAGUGCUGGUGCGAGGAUGAAGGGCUCAAAAUGUAAUAUUACGAUCACGAAAAAGAUGCCUUGUCGUACUGUGAUUUCAAAGUCAAAGUUUAACAGUGCGAUGGUGCCUGCAGGUAGAAUUCAGUCAGUGCGUUCUGCAGUUUCAACUGCUUCAGUAGAAGUAAAAUCGGGAACUGAUGUAAUAAGGAAUCUUAAACAGAACAGUUCAAAUGAAAGAGAUGUGUUUUUUGAUGCUGCAGAAGAAAUGGACAUUAUAUCACACAGUUCUAGUGAUCCCGACAAUUCACUCCUGAAAAACGAGACGUAUACUGUGGAAAAGGAAGAAGGACCAAGUGAACAGUGUCCAGAUUUUGAGGCUGCAACUGCAGAAGAAUCAAUUCCAUUACACUCUAUUAGUCGUGAAAUGAAGCAGUCUGAUACAACCAACUUUAUAUUUCCAUCGGUCCGCAACGGUGAUUCCCGUUUGCCUACUCCGACAUUACGAGGCGUAUCUGGAAGUCGUAUUCCCAUACCUGUCCACAGACGCACAUGAAAAUCGUCUCCAUUUGACUUAGUUCCUUUUUUCUUUGUAAUAAAUUUCUGCUUGGGCAUAAAAGACAUUUAAAGUUUUAUCAAUCCCCGUUAUUUUUUUUUCUUUUCUAUCGCAAUCAUUUUCUUUUUUUACCUCGUUAAUCUUUUUUCGUUUGUUGAAAAAUCGCUUAAUCCAAACAGUAGUAUCCCGC